AUGAAGGCUGGCCUUCUUUGGGUCGCCACCUUGGCUGCCGCGACUGCGCACCCGCCUCGCCUUCACGUGCAUGCAGCACAGCAGCGACAGGAGGCGGAUGUGGUCACUGCGGUGGAUGUUGUGACGAAUAUCGCGGCUGUUGUCUAUGUUGAUGGCAAGGGAGAGCCAGUCUCCACUUCCUACGAGACCCAGUCCAGCUCGUCAACUUCUACGACCCAUGUGCCGGCGGCUGCUACAGCAACCACUUCUUCGUCAGCAGCGCCUGCACCAACGAGCAGCAGUAGCUCGCCACCGCCUGCACCACCAGUACCCUCAUCAAGUGCACCCAGCACUUCCAACCCUCCACCAGCGGCACCAUCAGCUCCAGCACCAUCAUCCCCAUCCGCGCCAUCAUCCUCUGCAGCAUCAUCAAGCUCCUCAGCUGCUCCAGCAAACUCUGGUUCCGCCGCAUCUGGAUAUUCUAUCGCAUAUUCACCAUAUAACGGCGAUGGCUCAUGCAAAACUCAGGACCAGGUAAUCAAGGAUUUCACUCAGAUUUCUGGAUACAGUAUGGUCAGAAUCUACGGAACAGAUUGCCAGCAGACUACGACAGUCGGUAAUGCGGCCGCUGCCAAGGGCAUGAAGCUCAUGGCUGGUGUCUACGAUGUCACUCAAGUCAGCACAGAAGUACAGCAUAUAAUCGACGCCGCGAAUGGCAACUUUGACCACAUCGAUACAGUCGCCAUCGGCAACGAGGGGGUGAACAGCGGCCGCUUCAGCGUAGACCAAGUCGUCAGCGCCAUCGGGACAGCUCGCAGUAUGCUUCAAGCGAAAGGCUACAAGGGCAAGGUAGUAACUGUCGACACCUUCGUCGCCAUCAUCGCAAAUUCGCAACUCUGCCAAGCAUCCGACUACGCCGCAGCCAAUUGCCACGCUUUUUUCGACGGCGGUGUGACCGCCCAAGAUGCUGGUAAAUUUGUCCUCGGCCAGGCACAACGUGUCUCGCAAGCCUGUGGUGGCAAGGACACCAUGAUCACGGAAACCGGCUGGCCAUCGCAAGGCCAAGCAAAUAAGCUGGCUGUGCCGAGUCCGGAGAAUCAGGCCGCUGCUAUUGCUUCGAUUCAGAGCGCUUUCUCGAACAAUGUCGUCUUGUUCUCGGCCUUCAACGACUACUGGAAGCAGAAUAAUGCGGGUACUUUUGGAGCUGAGCAGUAUUGGGGUAUCCAUGGGAACGCGCCGUAG